CCUCCAUCUCUUCUCGGAGCUAGUUUGGCCGUAACCGCAGCGAGUCCUGCCUCAGCUGUCGGUUUACCGUUUCUGGGUCAGCUUAAUGAACCAUCCAAUGCACUGUCUUUGCCCACCUGGGCUAUUCAUGUUUCUAGUGUUGUUGAGUGGAUAACUGCUAUAGCGUUGGUGUGGCAAUAUGGGGAGAAAUCUGAGCUUGAAUCUUGGAAGGGACUCUCUUGGGGCAUGGUACCUCUGCUUGGUGGAGCAUUUUGCGCCUGCACAUGGCAUUUCUUCUACAAUUCUGAGUCUCUAGAGGAAAGGACAACUAAAUGAUAUAAUCAAAUUGGAGGGGAUCAGCGAAUUCCGAUGAGUACCAGUGGUAGUGAGUUGGGAAAAUGGACGGUUUGGAUUCCAAGUCGACGAGAAAAAUAAAGGUCUUAACCGUUUAACCGUUUAAUGUAGGGAGAAAAAUUAAGUGGGACUAACCGAAAAAAAGUAAUUAAGCGGGACAAGCAUUAAACGGGGUGGUUCCUAUGUGUGAAAGAAAAGAGAUAAGGAGGGAAAUGAAAAUAAAAUAAAAUGUUAAUUUUGUGUAUUUUGAUUAAUAAUAUGUCAUGUAUUAUUUAUAUAUUUGAGAUUUAUUAUGUAUUUAUAAUAUUUAAAAGAUGUAUUGUUUUUUAUU